UGGCGCCUGAGGCCAGGGGGAAAAAGGGGGGGAGGCAUCCAGACAUGCCAACGGACUCCUUCAACACAUACAAACACACACUCGAUUCUCCAGUAGUUGUUUACAAUCUUCACCGCCGGAGAACAACCACAACCUCCAUCAACCACCACCACCACCACUACCACCGUCUCAUUGAUCAAAGCGAGAAAUAGCUGAAGAAGGAGAACAAACUCCGAGGGAUGCGAUCCUCCGCGGCGAGGUGGCGGUGGGGAUUGUCAUUCAAUGCGGCGGGUGAAUCAGGAGCGAGAGGUCCUCGCUGUUAAUGGCUGGUUUCCAAUUGCAAAUGACUUGGCAAACGAGUUUGUUGUUGAAGAAACGAAAGAACGGUCCUCCAUUAGGGUUCAAGAAUCUCGGUAAUACCUGCUACCUCAACGCCGUUCUCCAGUGCUUAACCUAUACUCCUCCCCUCGCCAAUUUCUGUCUCCGACUUCAACACUCCGAAAACUGCGACUUCCUGGCGCAGCAGGACAAGAAGAGUGAUUGUCCGUUUUGUCUACUGGAGAAGAGAAUUGUUCGAUCUCUUAGCAUCGACUCAACCCUAGAUACACCUGGUAAGAUCAUUGGGGGAUUGAAAGUCUUUGCAGAGCAUUUUCGUUUAGGGAGGCAAGAGGAUGCACAUGAAUUCCUUCGGUACGUCAUUGAUGCUUGUCAUACUACAUGUCUUCGUCUGAAGAAGUUGCAGCAGCAAAGACGCAAGUAUGUAAGCAAUGGAGGAGGUGAUGGCUUUAAUGGCAGUACAGUAGUUAAGGAGAUUUUUGGAGGAGCUUUGCAGAGCCAGGUCAAGUGUCUUGCUUGUGGAAAUGAGUCCAAUAAGGUUGAUGAGAUAAUGGAUAUUAGUGUCGAUGUGUUGAAUAGUAGCUCUCUCAAGGAAGCUUUUCAGAAAUUUUUUCAACCAGAGAUUCUGGAUGGAAAUAACAAAUACAAGUGUGAUAGCUGUAAAAAGCUGGUAGCAGCAAGAAAACAGAUGUCUAUUGUGCAAGCACCUAACAUUCUUGUUAUUCAACUCAAGAGGUUUGAGGGAAUAUUUGGUGGAAAGAUAGACAAAGCAAUUGCUUUUGAGGAAGUAUUAGUUCUUUCAAGCUUCAUGUGCAAAACAAGUCAGGUGCAGGAUCCUCAUCCAGAGUAUAAACUUUUUGCCACUAUUGUGCAUUCCGGAUUUUCACCAGAUUCAGGACACUAUUAUGCUUACAUCAAGGAUGCAGUUGGGCGUUGGUAUUGCUGCAAUGAUUCUUAUGUUUCAGUUUCAAGCUUACAAGAAGUCUCCUCUGAAAAAGUUUAUAUCCUUUUCUUCUCUCGUAUCAAACAAAGACCACCCACCACCAAAACUCUAUCCACAUCCACCAAUGGAACUACUGAAUCUCAUGCCUCAAAACUUCCCAAUCCCAAAUCUGGUCAAACUGUCAAGUCAACAGAAGAAUAUGCUGUUGCUGCUGCUAAUAAUAAUAAUAAUCAUUCUCAAAAGAUUGAUUCUUCAACAACAACAUCAUUAAAGGUGGAGAAAGUGGUCCCAAAGAAGUUGGGUAUUUCUGGAGCCAAAAAGUUUCCUAAUAUGAAAAUCAUUGUUCAUAAUAAAGAAAACAAUGGUGAUCACAAAACAAGUCCAACUGAUAAUAAUCAUAAUCAUAAUCAUAUUAAUAAUAAGAAGAAGAAAAUUCCCUUGUUGGAGGACAACCAAAAUAAGCAUGUACAUGUGGAGAAUGGGAAUGGGAAUGAAAAUGUUGUUAAGACCAAUGGUACAACAACAAAUGGUAAUAAUGGUAAUGGUGUUGUUAAAAGCUCGUUGUUACCUGAUAAUAAGAGGAAACAUCAACAUGAAGACCUUAUGAAAGAGCUAAAACAAAGCCUUAUGAAAGAAGCUUGUUCGUUUCUAAGAAGUUGUGAUUGGGUGGAUGAGGUUCAAAGUUUCAUGCAUGCAAAGAAGCUGUGUGCUCGAGAUGCACCACUACAACUACAACAUGAUGAACUUAAGAAGAAACUGAUAGGUGAGGCGAAGGCUACUUUUAUCCCAAGAGUUCCAGAGGCGUUGAAAACAAGUCUGAUCAAGCACAUUAGAGCUCAUGUGGAUCCAUGAAACAAGUCAACAAGAAUAGGAGGUAAAUUUUGUUUCUUUUUUUCUUUUUUAAAAAAUGUUUGUAUUUGUAUGGUGGAAUGGAAUAUUAGAAGAAGACUAAUUUUGAAACAGAGGAAGGAAGGAAGGAAUUCAUUGAGUGUAGCAAUUAAUUAGUUUUAUUAGAACAACGGCAUACACAUACUUACGUACAUACUCCAUAUAUAUAUAUCUAUAUAUUCUUUCUGUAAUAUAACACUUUUUCACUCCACUUAUUGUGCUGUGUUUUACACUUUUUCUUUGGAUUACAUGGUCCAUCUGUCUGAAUAAGACUGAAUGAACAUUUUAUCCUUA